AUGCUAUGCUUCAAAACGGUCGUUGAACAGAAGAUCGUGCGCCCUGGGGUAGGGGAAAACAAAAAACUGAACGGCAAGCAACUAAGGGACCGCUAUGGCCUGACAUCCGAUACCGCGGAGAAGUUUGAUGAAGUACACCAUCAGAUCCAAAUGAAUGUUCCGAGAUCCAAGUUCAUUCUUUCCCGACUACAAACGCUGAUCAAAGAAGGAAAGUUGGACUUCAAAAUGUUAAGAAGAGAUAAUAAUAAUAGAAUUUCUAGUUACUUCAAAACGCUCUUUUAUUCUCGGACGCUCGGGGGGUCGGUCGGCAGACGCUCGGGGGGUCGGUCGGCAGACGCUCGGAGAGUCGGUCGGCAGACGCUCGGGGGGUCGGUCGGCAGACGCUCGGGGGGUCGUGUUCGGACUUCAUUCGAUUUCUACCGCUUUUCCUCACCAGCUUCUCCGCCCAGAUCAGGUGAAGGCUGCACGAACAACCUUGCCUGA